AUGAAGCUCCUGCCCGUGGCCCCUCUCUUCCUCCUCCUCCUGACGACGCUGGAAGCCAGACCGAAGCCUGCAGGCUUGGCCCUGAAGUGCAGGACAGGUCCCCUGGACAUCGUGUUUGUGAUCGACAGCUCCCGCAGCGUGCGUCCCUUCGAGUUCGAGACCAUGCGGCAGUUCAUGAUGGACAUCAUCGGCAGCCUGGACGUGGGUCCCAACGCCACACGGGUGGGGGUCAUCCAGUACUCCAGCCAGGUGCAGAACAUCUUCUCCCUCAAGACCUUCUUCACGCGGGCAGACAUGGAGAAGGCCAUCAACAGCAUCGUCCCGCUGGCCCAGGGCACCAUGACAGGGCUGGCCAUCCAGUAUGCCAUGAACGUGGCCUUCACCACGCAGGAGGGCGCGCGCCCUCUGCACAAGAAGAUCCCCCGCAUCGCCAUCAUCGUGACGGACGGACGGCCCCAGGACCGUGUCACUGAGGUGGCCACCCAGGCCCGGAAUGCUGGCAUUGAGAUCUACGCUGUGGGCGUCCAGCGGGCAGACAUGAACUCUCUGCGGGCCAUGGCCUCGCCGCCGCUGGAGGAGCACGUCUUCCUGGUGGAGUCCUUCGAGCUCAUCCAGCAGUUUGGGAAGCAGUUCCAGGACAAGCUCUGCGGGGUGGACAUGUGCGUGGUGCAGGAGCACGGCUGCCAGCACAGCUGCGUCAGCACCCCGGGCUCUUUCCACUGCGAGUGCAACCCGGGCUACAGGCUCAACGCGGAUGGAAAGACCUGUUCCCAGUGCGGGGCUGGGCACGUCGACCUGGUGAUGGUGAUUGAUGGCUCCAAGAGCGUCCGGCCACAAAACUUUGAGCUGGUGAAGCAGUUUGUGAACCGCAUCGUGGACCUGCUGGAGGUGUCCCCCCACGGCACGCGUGUGGGGCUGGUGCAGUACUCAAGCCGCGUCCGCACCGAGUUCCCCCUCAACAAGUACCACAGCGCGGACGAGAUAAAGAAGGCGGUGAUGGAGGUGGAGUACAUGGAGAAAGGCACCAUGACGGGCCUGGCCCUCAAGCACAUGGUGGAACACAGCUUCUCUGAGCUGGAAGGUGCCCGGCCUCUCUCCCACAACGUCCCCAGAAUUGGGCUUGUCUUCACGGAUGGGCGCUCCCAGGAUGACAUCUCCGAAUGGGCCAGGAGAGCAAAGGAGUCAGGGAUCAUCAUGUUCGCUGUGGGUGUCGGCAAGGCUGUGGAAGAGGAGCUGAGAGCAAUCGCCUCCGAGCCGGUGGAUCAGCACUUCUCCUACUCAGCAGACUUCACCACCAUGACCCACCUCGUGGAGAACUUCAAGCUGAACAUCUGCCCGGAGGAGGGCAAAGGGGAGAUGGAGAUCCGCAGCCCAUGUGAGUGCGAGGCGCUGGUGCAGUUCCAGACGAACACCGUGGCCAUCCUGCAGAGCCUGACCGAGAAAAUUGCUCAGAUGACAGCCAGACUUGAAGACUUGGAAAAGCAGAUUGCCACCAAGAAGUGAUCCUUGCAGAGGGCUUCAGCACUUGGACGGGGCACGGGGACGUACAGUAGCUACGUGGAAUUGUUAUAGGUUAUUGUAAAGCAUCAGUGUUUGUUUGUGUAUUGCAAAAUCCCAAGGGGGACAUGGAAUGUAUUU